AUGCUAUUGCCUACUCUCUUGACCAUCAUUGGCAGCUCAUUUGCUUCAUUUUGUGGACAAGCGGCCGUUCCAUUCACUUUUCAGGUGCUACGGGCUGGUUACCCAGUGCUUGGAUGUGCUCGACCGAGAUGUUUUGGAUGGACAGCCAAUGGAACUCGAGUAGCCGAUAGUGCGCAAUUUUAUCGAAUAAACGGAAAAGAGGAUGGAUAUUUGAGAAGAUCUGACGUACUCUUGAGACAACCCUAUCGCGCUGAGGGUUUUGUGCCACAAGUGUCGAGUUGUGAAGCAAUCUACAGACAAAAUGGAUGCGAUGCAGGGCAAUGGAUUGGUGGAUUGGCCCCACAAGCGGACGCUUAUUCGAAAACCCUUCAAACGCGUUGCUGUUCCUAUGGUCCGUUGUUCAACUCGGAGGAUCGGGGAAUUGCUCAACUGCAUCCGGGACAAAUGGUCGUUGGGGGAGAGGUGACAGCAAAUAAUCGCCUUGUCGCUUUCGACUACAUUGCCAACUUGAACAAGAUCAUUUCUGAGAAUGGAACAAUCAUCUACAACGUGCACGUUCGCCGAAUGCAAUGUUUUGAUGAUGAUGCGGCAGAGUUUGAAACGAUCACUGCUAACAAUGCGAUCAUCGCCGAUGCGCAGAGAGGAUUGGAUAAGAACCCUCUUGACGUUAAACCAUCCGAUAUCCAACUGCAAUCGGUUCAAGAACAACCACCAGCUCAAGCCAUGGCAGCUCCUACACAGGUAUUCGGCCAAAGACCCGGCUUCGAGCAACAGCAAGUGAGCGCCGCUCAAAUCGACACCCAAUCGCAACAAUUGCAAAGCCCACCCCAACCACCACCAUCACCGCGAUAUCAACCAGGACAACCUCAGCAAUACCCGCAAAGAUCGCUGCCUCAACCCACUCAAGUGGCUCCACAACCACCACAGCAACAUCAACAGCAACAGCAACAGCAACAGCAAUACAACCAGCAACCCCAACAACCCUAUUAUCAACAAGUUCAACAAGCACCCCAACUUCAAGUUCUUCCAUACCCACAGCAAUAUUCACUACAACAACAAUAUCAACAGAAUGGACAGCUUUUGCAAGCAUUGCCGCAACAACAAGGAAUUCAACAGCUGAGUCCUGCGGUUCAGUCAAAUCCGAUGAAUAAUUUGUUUCCCAAUCUUUUCCCCCAACAACCGCAACAACAGAUGAUCAAUGGAAUGGCUCAAAUGCCCACAUUGGCGCCAUUGAAAUUGCCGAGAUUAGAGGAUAUUCCGAAGAUUGACAUCCCAUCGAUUGAAGACGUCGAACACGCGAUUCCACCCGUUCAAAAGGCGAUCCUUUCCUCGGUUGCUCGAUUCUUUGGCGUUUUA